AGAAAAUAAAAAAUAUUUUUGCAAUAAAAUGGCAUGAUGGCGGCGAAUGAUCAUUGUCUUUGAAAUGGCGCUGUGCUGGAUGGUGUUGGCUCUGUUCCUGGCUGCUGGAGAGAUGGAGGCGGCAUCAGAACAUUCCAUUACUAUGAGUAACGUCAACGCGCAUUAUGGGAAGACUUUGGAAAUGUGUCGGGAGGAGGCUCAAAUAUCCCCCGAGAUCAUGCAAAAAUGGCACCACAUCUGGGAUGAUGACUUCGAGGUAGUACAAAGAGAGAUCGGCUGCGCCAUCAUCUGUAUGUCCCACAAGUUCUCCUUAAUGCAAGACGAUCAUCGCAUGCACCAUGACAGCAUGUUUGACUAUAUCAGAAGUUUCGAUAAUGGUGAUGUUCUCUCAGCCACAGUAGUAGAACUAGUCCACAACUGCGAGAAGCAAUACGAGGACAUUGAAGACGACUGCAGCCGCGUCACCAAGGUUAUGGCGUGCUUCAAGGUCGCCGCCAAGAAGGCAGGCAUCGCGCCCGAGGUCGCCAUGAUCGAAGCUGUGCUGGAGAAGUAUUGAGACCCAACGGCAGAAUUUGGAAUUCGAAACGAUACAUGAUUUACGUGUUUUAGCCUCUUCCGAUAUUU